UCCUCUCUGUGGGGUCCGUAGCAUCCCACACCGCCAAACACGCCAAAAAGGUUCCGAACCCAAAUAAGCUCCUUAAAACCCUAGCCUCAACCCUCCAUGGGCUCUGAAAUGGCGCUUCACAAAUUCUCCACCGCCAACCACAACCACCAGAACUCGAACAUUAACUCGGUGGUCUCUGAUGAGUCGACUCCCAAGACCCAACUCGCUCUCCCUACUCGGAAACCCGUUUCUUCGCUUUCUAAAGACCGCCACACCAAAGUGAAUGGUCGUGGCCGCCGUGUUCGGAUGCCGGCCCUUUGUGCAGCCCGGAUCUUCCAGCUGACGCGAGAACUCGGCCACCGCUCCGACGGUGAGACCAUCGAGUGGCUACUCCGUCAAGCUGAGCCUUCUAUCAUUGCCGCUACCGGGUCGGGCACCGUCCCUGCAGCUCAUGAAAUCUCUUGCCCCGCCGGGCCCACGACGACUUCCGCGUCUCCGCCUUCUGUGUCGUGUCAGGUACACCCAGUAGGGGUUGGCAGCGGCAGCGUAGUGGCAGGGAUGUAUACCAUGACGGCGCCACCGCCGAAUUGUCGGUUGGACUUGUGCCAACCAGUAGGGUUUCAGUAUUCAGCUGUAGGAAGAAGUGGGUAUCAACAUAUGCCAUUUACGGCGUUGUUGUUGCAGCCAACGACGGCGGCAGAGGAGGUGGAGGAGAGGCAGCAGGUGGAAGACGAGGAAGAAGAGAUUAGGCAUCAUGAAUAGAGACGGGAAAGUACAGCUAUAUAUAUAUAUAUAUAAUCUGUAUAAUUGGGUAGUAUUUUUUAUUUUCUUAGUCUAGAUUGCAGAACUUGAAGUGAUGGAUCUUGGAACUUAGAAAUGCCUUCUUUUCUUCCUUGUAAAUUCUUCAGGAAUGGAAAUUAAAUAUUUCUCUUUAAUUUUUUGAGUUAAA